AUGGGUUCUCCAGAAUUCAUUGAAAAUACUAGAUGGAUAGUUGGUAAUGGUGCAAAAGUUUCUUUGUGGAAUGACAGGUGGAUUUUUGAGGAACCAAUAUGCAAGCUAUUUCCUAAUCAUCCUUAUAUUGCCUUGCAUCCCCACCUACAAGUCCAAGAAUUGAUUAUUGAUAAUCAUUGGUGCUUUCAUGAAGACUUUCUUAAAUUCUUUACUAUUGAUCAAUUGCCUGUUCUGAAAGAAGGAGAAUACCUGCUUAUCUGGGGUAACAGUCAUUCUGGGGUUUUCACUGUUUCUGAUGCUAUCAAUAAAAUUAGACUGCACCAACCUAAACUACAUUGGUAUAAAAAGAUCUGGAAUCCUGCAGUGCUACCUUCAACCUCUGCAAUUGUGUGGAAGAUUGCUAGAAAUGUAUGUGCAACUGAAGACAACCCGAGAAAAAAGGGAUUUCAUUUUGCUUCAAGGUGUUACAUUUGUCAUGAUGGAGAAGACAAUAUAGAGCAUAUCUUAUGGAAUUGUGAAUUCAGUUUCAGUCCUAUGAUUAAAGAGUUAUGGAUCAUUAGUGCUUAUACUGCUAUGGUUGAAUUGUGGUUCAUAAGAAAUGAAAUUUACUAUGAUGAUGUGAAGCCUGUACUAUCCAAAAUUCAGGUAAGAAUUGCUAAAAAAUUCCAUGAAUGUGAAGUUAGGCUGAAAGGUGUUAUGUGGGGAACUGAAAAUGAGAAAUCUAUCUUACAAUUCUUUAACAUCCAAGUCAGAAAAAUCAAAAGAACAAGAAUUAUUGAAAUCUUUUUUUAUCUUCCAAAUGAGAAUGAAUUGCUAUUAUGCUGUGAUGGGGAUGCUAGAGGUAAUCCGGGCAAUGCGGGCUAUGGCUUUGUGGUAAGAAAUCAUGUUGGAGCUUUUAUCUUUGCAGAAUCUGGUGGUCUGGGGAUUACUACUAACUAUGUAGCAGAAUUCAUUUCUUGUAUCAAAGCUUUAGAAUGGGCAGUUGAGAAACAAUCUUUCCAUUUAAUUAUGCAAUCUGAUUCUAGUAUGUGUGUUAAGGCUUUACAACAAUAG